AUGGCGCCCCUCGGCCAGUUCUUCAGAGAGAUCCCAUUCGUCUCCGACAUUGCAAAUGGUGUGAAAGGUGCCCAUUUGAAGAAUGAUCCUGUGGUCCGGCGCACCGCCCAGCAGGGGCCGCGCUGGGGCAGAGCAAGGAGGGAGCCGGAGCUGCGGCGGCGGAAGGAGGCAGGCAAGAGCCGGCGGACGGCGCCCGGGCUCGAGGGAGGCGUCUCACUGCAGCAGCCCCGGGUGGCGGAGAGAGACGCGCUUCUCGGAGCAGCCGGAGGAAGCGCGGCUGGUUCUGCCGGCAGAACCUCGUCGCCCGCCUCGCGCAAGAAGCCGGAGGGCUUCGCCGUGGCCACCAUCUCCGGCUCUAGACGCUCCUGCCGCAGUGGUCCCCGCGCCCAGACGCCGGUGGGCGCGAUGGCUCCCCAGCAGUGCCGGGCUCUUUCCGCCCUUCUCCUCGUGGCCGUAGCGGCAGGAUUAAAUAUCUACUCUGCCUCUCCAACAAGUGCGCCUACUGUCAACACACCUACUCCCUCAAAUAUAGUUACCUCAGGAAUAACAGAAUCUGAUGAUCAAACUGCUACCUCCAGUGCCAGCACUUCGGUGAGCACCGUGCCAGGAACUGCAGCAUCGGCCACUCUUACCCUUAGGACCACAUUGGGACUUACAGAACAGAAGCACACCACCGUUCCUACUGUUACUGCCUCAACAGCUGAGAUUUUAGCUACAAUCCCUAUAUCGACAACAUUGAAUGCUUCAACAGCUAAUUCAUCACCACAGACAAGCAGUGGAUUACGAAGUACAGAACACAUGGUGCCUUCUGUGACAUCAGUUGCUAGGCUGACAACAGACACCAUUCCCCCCUCAGAAACCACAGCGAUUACCUCUUCACAUACUACGAAUGUGUCAUCCACCAUUGUUGCUUCAACUGAUAUUACAAGCCUUAGCACAACUGCUGUUACCCAGUUGCCAACCAAGUCCACAACAUCAGCAGUAACUGUGACCACAGUCAAGAAACUCCCUACCGAAGAGGCAACCUCUAAAGAGAGUCCUGUGGCACCCACCUCCCCAGGCGCCACAGAAAGACUUACGUCUUCACAAGUGACUUCGCGAGCGAGUAAAGCCACCACAGAGAUCUCCCGUACUGAUGGUACCACUUUCUCUGCAGGAGUAACCAUACAAGAGGUUUCACGUGCUUUGAGUUCAGGAAGCAUUGCAGCUAUUACUGUAACCGUGAUCGCAGUGGUUCUGUUGGUGUUUGGCAUCGCUGCCUUCCUGAAGAUCAGGCAUUCUUCAUAUGGACGACUCUUUGAUGAUCAUGACUAUGGAUCUUGGGGAAACUACAACAACCCUCUCUAUGAUGACUCUUAAUCAAAGAAUGUUAAGCCAAAAACUCUCCUUGUAUUUAUGACGCACUUACUUCACUAAAAGCGCCAUGGUGUGAUAUAUUUCUACAUACAACUCCUGUGUUUUUCCUCCUCCGGCUGCUUCUUCUGAUGAACCAUCCUGGUUUCAAUACAGGCCAAAACCCACAAAGUGAAAUGGACCAAAGUGUCAAAGCGGGCAAGAGCUGGUAUCUGCAGUCACAGGAAUACUUUAUUAUAAAGUUGUUAGGAUCUCUGCAAAAGGAAAAAUCCACGGAAAGUUUCUAUAGCCGUACUGCUGUGGCUGCUAAAUUCUCAGCAACUUGCUGAGUGAAGCUUUGGUGAAGCCAAAGUGAAGCUUUAGUGAAGCUUUGAUGGGAGAUCUGCUAGACAGAAAGUCUGAAUUUGGCCUCUUUAGUAAUCAAUUAGCAAAAGGUUUGUGGUGGAGGCUGCUCAGGAGGGAGUCUCAGAAAAUUAAUACCUUUAGCAGGUUGUCUCCUUAAAAACAGUGUUCAAAUUUAUAAAGGUUGGAACAACCUGAUACUACACUGAAGUUCUUGUUAAGUGUUUUGUUACGUAUCUACUUCAGCACAGAAGGGCAGAACUACCCAGAGCUGCUCCCAUAAAUGGCAGCUCCACGUCAUGUUCUCCGCUCCACCUAGUAACAGGCAACCUGGUGCCCUGCACAUCUUUUGGUCUGCAACCACUAUAAUCCCUGGUCAUUGGCCAUGAAAGCUAGGGCUUAUGGGAGUUGUAGUCCAAAACAUCUGGUGGGCACUAGGUUGCCUUGUCUUGCUGUCAUUUGUUUAAAAGUUAUUCCACCAGUGGCAGCAAAUGAAAUGGACAAAGAAGUGCACACUAUAGUAAUGUCAGAACCUGUAAGCUGAGCUAGACAUUACCGAGGUGAAGGUUCAGCCUUGUGCUGUCAUUUGUGGCAGCACCCUUAGGUUUUUCUUAAUAUAUAGUUCUCCCCUAAGGUUGGGAAAGUUGCAGGAUUUCAGCCUGCUGUAGAAAUGUUCUAAGAUUGCUGAGGGCAAACACUGAUUGACAAUUGACGAAGCCUUGCUAUAUUGGAGCCCCCUACACCACAAAGUGAUUACAGCUUGGGGCGAUUGUUUUUGAAAGGUUAGAGGAGCACAUGAUUAACCGUGUGCCCUUGUAUCUGGAGCCUCUUUUGAGAGUAAAUUUACUGUUGCCUCCUAAAUACAGAGGAUCUGAUGCUAUGAUCAUUAAUAAAGUUUGUUUUGCUGGGAA